AUGUACGUUGUUACGAAGAAUAAAUUCAAAACCUGUCGUAUUUUCCACUUUCAGGAGCUUACGCAACGUGAAAUUGAAUAUGUUGCUUUGAGUCGUGAUACUACUGAGUCUGAUUUGAAGCAAAGAAGGGAAAUUGCAUCUGGUAGUUCUCAUUACCUAAACCAAGUAAGAUUUUCGCCAUAACUUUUUAUCGCAUGGUAUACAUGUAAUGAUGUAUCCGUAAAAUAUAUAGUUUGUCAAUAAAGCCGUGGGCAAACUAUAGGAAACAUUGUUGGGGGAAAAUUCUUCCUCAAGUUUCUGAAUUUGUUAGGAAACGUUUUUUGCUUUCUGGAAAGCAAAGUUUGCUUUGGACUUUCCACAACAAUGUUUGACUCAUAGUCAAGACCAUCAGUAAGAUUAAUAGUCUUAUCGCAUGCAAUUUUAAAUUAUAAUUGUUGGUGAUGAUGUCGGUUAAUAAGACUGCAUUAACUCCUCAAGAUUUACGAUAAUUUAAGAAAUCUUUCUCUUCAUUACAUUUAGAGUUCUGUUCGUGCUGCUUUAGAAGGACGUGUGCUGAUCCUUGAUGGAAUAGAAAAAACAGAAAGAAACGUUUUACCAGUUUUAAAUAACUUGUUGGAAAACAGGUAAAACUUACGAGUAGAUUUAUGUCAUUCCGGUAUUAUUCAGUCAGCUAUUGUCACGUUGAACUGAUGUAGCAACUUGGCUAUAGUACUCAUUUGUUUUUCUGAUUUCCAACAAUUAACGCACCUCAUAUUACGUAGGAUCACGUAGCAAAAGCACUCUAUCCUGAGGGAAAAUGUUUAAUCUACAGUAAGCUGAAUAAAGACUUUAGCGUCCAGAAACUAAAAUGGGUGCAUGAAUUAAUUCACUUUAACUCGCCUCCUAAAUUGUCAUUAUCUCGCGGCGAAUUAAGGCGAGUUACUAUCCCAGGGUACACUGUAAAUUUCAAGGAGUUGAAUCAACUCAAAAAGUUUUAUUCUGUAACCAAAAACCGUCUAAAACGAUUACAGAAUCACACUUUUGGAGUUGAUUAGACUCCUUGAAAUUUACAGUGUAUAGGCCUCUAGAAUUACUACGUUGUUAGUAGUAUUUUACGUCUUUCAAUAUAUAUGCGAGUUGAAACUUGCGAAACUUUUUUUCUCGAAUUUUAGGGAGAUGCAACUUGAUGAUGGAAGAUUUCUUGUGUCAGCUAAAAGAUAUGAUUCGCUUCUUAAGGUUUGUUUUUUUAUCAUUGACUUUGAUAAGUCACUCCAGUGUGCGUUAUAUGGGUUGCGUUUCAUGCGUGGGUAGAAUACUUGCAGUUGCGUUGAUAAUGCUAAAUGACAGGUAGAUAUAGAGGUCAACAACCGUAUUCUAAUUCGGAGCGCGUGCAGAUCGUUUGGAAAACUAUACGAACGUCUCUGGUCACAAUCGGGAAUCUGUACCUCAAUCAAGUGCAAAGUUAAUCGAGCAAUUGUCCUACCUGCGUUUCUUUACUCCUCUGAAACGUACACCCCUUAUCGCAGCCGCAUCAAGAAACUGAACUCGUUUGACUCAGCUAAGUUAUUCUUGGUUCAUUUGUUCAGCCCGUAGCUUUUCCUAUACGUAUGUGUAGGGAAAAGUGGCAAACCUAAGAAAAAUAUUGUGGGAAUAUUAUCUUAAACCAGGAAACAAUGUUUCCGCAACAAAAUCACAUUUAGUAUUUCUAAUUUUGUUGCAAAACAUGCUUGCUCUGAAGCAAAUGUUGUUCCGAGAUUGACAGUGUUACAAAGCGUGGGCGAACGGAAAACAUUCCAAAAAACUUUGAACUUUUCGUGUUUCCGCAACAAUGUUUUCUAGUUUUCCCUGGCCUGACGUUCUUGUAUUGUUGGGGUUUCUCUAGGACCACAGCAAGGAAGAACUAGACAGAUGGAAGUUACUUCGAGUGAAUGAAGAUUUUCGAGUGUUUGCACUUGGUGUACCUGUGCCUCGGUAUCCCGGCAAUCCUUUGGAUCCCCCAUUACGAUCGCGAUUCCAAUCCAGAGAUAUCCCGAGACUUUCUUAUAAGGUUAUGUAUGGUCACGACCGUGGCAUGUGUGGAUCAAAAUUUCUGAACUAACUUUAUUAAAUCACAAAUAUAACAACAGGAGAAAACUGGAAUCAACCUCGUACCCAGGCUCUUUCCUCGUACCUAGGCUCUUUCCUUGUACCCAGGCUUCUUUUCCUCGUACCUCAGGCUCUGAAUCGGAGUACCACUGACAAGACAAGAAAAUCCAUUGUGAAAUUCAUGUUAUUCACUGUGUUAUUUUCUGUUAGAAAUUUAUUUAUUCAUUUAACUAUACUACCACUACCGUUGCUAUUAACCAAUCAGAUGCAUUUAAUCUACCCGAUUAACCAAUCAAAUGCGUGUCAAAGGUAGUGGUAGUGGAAGUCAAAUCUGAAUCUCUCUAUUCACCUAAUGAUUUCGUCAUUAAGUGUAGGUUUUGUCUGAAACGUUUAUUCUACAUUAAGCCUUUUUACAACAGAAUUAAUAGUAAUAGAGUUUCUCGAGGUCACGACUACAAAUAACUGAUAAACGGUGAAUUUGAUUUUUCCCCUCAUUUGACAUAAUUGUGCACAAUAUUAUGAAAUUAAGCAUGAAGAUCACUAUAUAGGAUGACAUGCAUAGUUAUUUUAAAAAGUGCUAUAAAUUUCAACAAUAUGUUUCUAAAUUAUUUAGGAACAACUGCAAAAUCUGAUGGAAAGUGCGGGUCCUGAUGUUUCUAAAGAAAGGUACAUUUUUGACGAAAACCAGAAGCAUGGUUCGCACUAGCGAUUUCCUCGGCGAUUCCAUGUCAUUCAUUCAAUCACAUUCAUGCACCAGCAGGAGAAAAGUCUUGCUAGUAUGAACCAGUGAGCUCUCUCUCUCUCUGUAUAUGUACAUACAUAAUACAAUCUGCAGACAUGCAUGUUUCGGCGUUCUUCGCCUCGUCAGUGCAGCUUGGUACACGUCUAGAUACGUGAUACAUUCAUAUUUAUACCGCAUGAGCCAAGGCAUGCGGUACAACACGAUGAUAUCAACGCAUCCAGACAUGCGCAGAGUGUAGUGGUGAAGACCACAAGGGAAGUGAGGUUUGCAUUAUCGCUAAUACACACCCAUGAGUGAAUUCAUCAAAUUUUUUACUCAAUUUAGUCAAUUUUUUCAAACCUAUGCGGGAUGACGGCUACCGACUCGACGUCACAAAAUAAAGCUCUCUGGUUGGCGAAGAUUUCAGUCGGCCUUCAGCCAGCCAAUCAAAUAGCUUUAUCUUGUGACGGCGGGACGGCAACUGUCGUCCCGCAUAUAGAGUGAUUGCUUGUAGGUAUAAAACCAUAAAACACGCGUGUCAUAAUAAUAAACAAAGUAGACUCGAUGCACGUCCGAGCGCCACGCGCGAGGAUAAAAAUCUUCACCACGCAUUUUUGGGGUGCCUGUGAUCGAUGUUUUUCAAUUUUUGCACAUAAACGCUCAUUUUUAGUGGCAAGUACACACGUAAAAGCUAAAAGCUAAAUGAACAGGUAAGAUUGAUGCAACUUUCGUCCAUAUUAUUCUGUGUUCAAUUCAAAUCCCUCAUAUAGAUAGUCCAGAAAAACAAAAGUUUGUUGUUGUUUCUCCGCGGGGUUUUUUUCUGAAAUUGAUUUUCACUCGUCAAAUAACUUUGCUUUUUACGAUGAAAUGUUUCUAAAAUUUGCUUAUUUUGAAAGACCACUUGCUCUAGUUUCUUAGGGCCAUGGUAAAGCCGGACUUGAAAAAUAGUCGGCUGAAAAAUUAUGAAAAGUACAGUAGUCGGCUGAAACGUUUUGGGUCUGACAAUCAGUAACGACUUGAAAUGGUCCAAACUCGUUGCCGAAAUGAUCAAGAAGGUCAACAAACGAAAAUACUUCAUUAUACAGCUUAAACGCGCAAAAGUGCCCGCCAAAGAUAUAAUUAAAUUUUACUGCACAUGUGUAAGGCCUGUACUCGAGUACAGCUGCGAAGUUUUCCAUUUUGCCCUGCCUACCUAUCUUAGUGACGCCAUUGAGCAAGUCCAAAGAAGAGUCACCUCAAUAAUUUUCCCAGGCUUGCCGUAUCCCGAGCGUUUGCAAAAAUGCAACCUUAUUCCCCUCAGUGAUCGGCGAUACAAGGCCUGCUCAAAACUAUUCAAUCAACUCAUCAACAAUCACAUCAUAAAUUAUCAUCCCUUCUGCCAGAUCGUUACUCUGCGAACUACGAUUUCAGAAAAACUCGAGAGUUUCAUCUUCCAAAGAUAAAAACAGAUAGAUUUUUAAAAACUUUUAUACCGGCGUGCAUCAAAGAAUUUUCUUAGAUUCUCAAUUUUAUAUAACCUUUCAACAUAAAUUUUCAUAAAUCUAUUUAUAAAUACUUAUAGUAUAUAUUUUAUUAACUUUAUAUUUAAAAUGUUCCUGUAAAUUAUAGCUCCAUAGAACUUAACAUCUUUUGUAAAAUAACACGCAAUUCAGUCAUUGUAGACUGCAAUGUGUUUCUUUUUAAUAAACCUAUCUAUCUAUCGUACUGAACUCGGUGAAUUUCCACGUAGGGCCUUAUACGUAGGGCAUACCUACAAGAACAUAGAGAUUUGUGCAAGACAAACUUCAAUUUCCGCCAUCUUGGCUUCAAAAACAAAGCCCAAGUUAUGGUUCCAGUUUUUAUAGAGUUCACUGGCAGCCAUCAUUCACGAUAUUGAGCACGCAUUUCAGCCAAUCAAAAACGUUCUUAUAUAACAUGUAUAUUAUAAAGGAUAAUUAUUAGGUUCUUUUAUAAAUCUGCUAUACAAACCCUAUAAAAAAGAUUUAUAAUUAAUUUAUAAGUUUGCAAAGAUCUGGAACCAGCAUUUAAAAUAUAAAACGUAAUUAAGAUUUUGUUUGUACGUUUUUUGUACAUUUUCAUCUGUAAGCUAUUUCAGGCCCUUGAAAAACAAAGUUAAUUGAUAGGCAACCGUGAUGAAAUAAUUUAAUAUAACUUUGUGAUGUAAAUUUGGAGCCAGUACGUGUCAAUUACUAACAAUAAAAAUUUUGUUUUUAGGCUGGCAAACCUUGUCAGUUUUGCUUACACUCUUCAAUCGUCGGAACUGCUGUCUUUGGGGAUGCCAGAUUUUCCAAUUGAAAAUUUGAAAUAUGUCGUUGAUAUUAUGGUUAGUUGUCGAAAAUUACAGUUGCCUAGCUGUUUUCCUGAAAGCAACCCUAGUAAUAUGUGUUUACUAAAAUAAUUGACGUAGGAACCAUGAGAGCUGCGGUAAGCUUGGGUAUAUAGGUCAUUUGUCAAAUGAAUUACUGAGAAUGAUAUGAAAAAUCAUGUUACCUGUCGAGGCUGAAAGCUGAAUUGGCACAAGCAGAGGCCUUGAUAACAAUUCAUAUCAUGUGAAAUCCAAAUUCAAAUAAUUGUUUUAUUAUUUAUUUAAAAGAUCUGUGCGUAAAAAUUCUUCCUUUCUUUGAAAUGUUUAUCAAAAACUACUUCUGGUCCUUUCGUCACUUGUUUGGUAUUCAUUUACUCUUUAUUUGUUUUAAUUUUUUGCUUUCCUAAAGUCUGCAAGCGGUCGAAAGAGAAAGUAUUCGUUUUCGCUCAUAAUGGAAUGACGUCAUAACGUGCAAUAAUCUUGACUGUUUGUGUGUUAGACAAUCAGAAAUCGAGAUAUUUCUUCUAAAGAAAUAAUAAGUGUUCGCGUAACAAUUACACACAACUAUUGCAUGAUAUACGUAUUUCAAGGGCUGAUUUAAUAAUUUUAAAUAAUCUUUAUUUUAAAGGAUAGAGAGGGCUAGCUUAAUUAAGUAUUUUAGAUAGAAUCUGCGUUGCACCUGGUUCAAUUAUGCAGCGUUGCUGGCGAUUUAUAUAGCUGCAUGUGCAACAAUUCAAUAAUAAACGGCCAAUCAUGAAACUUUAGUAUACAUGGUGUUCUUUUCAAGUUUGUCAAUGUGUUAGAAAUUUUACCAGGGGAACAUGCCCUCAGACGCCGGCCCCCACGCCUAAAUUCAACUUCAAGCCGCUCCCCCAACUUUAUAUUAUAUAUCUGAUAUUUUUCCUGUUAUAGAAUUAUCUGCCGUUCAAUUCAAGUCAACAUCUGAUCAACAGACUGUAUCCCCAUCAACUGAUUGUAGGACAGGAGGGACAGACUGCUAUUACAGACACACUCAAGGUAAUAACAAACACUGGUAACCUGGCAAUUAAGGAGGGUCCAGUGUAUGUAGUAUUCUCCAAUAAACGGCAGUGCAUGGUUUGAAUCUGAAAUAGAUUGAAAAAACUUCAAUAUUUCGAGCGAAGACCCUAAUUCGUCAGCAAAUUCUAUUCUUCUGACGAAAGUACUUCGCCCAAAACAUCGAAAACGUUUUUCAUUCUUUUCAUCUAAGUAGAACUAUAUCUAGUACCAGAAGCAAUUCCAUAUCAGCAUGAUAUCUAAUACAUUUUCACACAGUUAUUCGGAAAUGGCAUCAUUUCACCAACCACAAAAUUUCUACCGGAAAUAACUUCUGUGCUAGCAAAAAGGAUAAAUUGGUUUCGUUAAAAAAUCAUGGCCAGAAAUCACGGACAUGAUUUAUUCUACUUCCUUCGUAAUUUGCAUAUCACGUUGAAAUAUUGCUUCUACAGUAAAUUAUAUUACGCGAUGCUGUAAAUCCCAAAAUCAGAAAUUAUGGUAGGUUGUUUGCAGCUUGCCUCAAUCGCUGGCUAUAAUAAUCAAAGUCUGUCGAAGUAUUUAGCGUAAUGUUGACUUGAUUUUAGUUAGUGACUAUUCUGCAUUUUCAGUAUUUGUACCGAGGUUAGUUCGUAUGGAAUUUAUCUAUUUAAGGUGGCUCCCUACAGUUUUGAUUGUACAGCACACAAUUGUAUUCAAAAAACCAUUAUUUAUCAUCUUGCAAAGAAUGAUCACGAAACUUGGCCACAUAACUGCUACAAUAUAGAGAAUUACGAAAAAGAAAAAAUGUCGUUAAAAAUCCCCGUUGCCAUGGUAACAAAGCGAUUUUAAAAAGGCCCAAUUUGCAGAUUCUUUGAUAAUUUUUUGAAAAUUUCUUCGGUAAAACUUUUUAAUUUUUUGCACACAGUAAUCUUAUCUAUAAUUCCAUCAAAUGAUAGCAUUUAAAAAAAAUCGUACGAGAAUUUUUUUUUAAUCCUCAAAAAGCCCUGUUUUUGGAAUAAAAAAAAUUCGGCUCGUACGAUUUUCGUAAAACUUGCACAUUUUACGCACUUCAAGAUUACAGGACAGUGUGUGAAGUUUUAAAAAAUUUUACCGAAGAAAACACGAGAAAAAUACAUUUACUUCUAUCUAUGUGACGUCACAAAAAUCAGGAUUUCAAUUUCCUCGCGCGACCAGCCGACAAUCCCACGAAGGCUCGCGCGUGUAUAUCACGACGCAAUUUUAACAAACCCGCCACGCGUGCAACGUCAACCACGCGUGUUGCAAGUAGCACUACUAAUCUCGCGCGUGGACAAAAUUUCCGCGACACAGACCUAAAACUGUAGGGAGCCACCUUAACUCUAUGUAAUAAUACCGCACUAUAGCCACUAGAAACAAACAAAAAUGCAGAGUAGGCAGUAACUUACACCAGGCAAACAGUACACGAUAUAUUUCAACAGACCGUGUUCUGCAACCAGCAAUCGAGGCAAAUUGCAAACGACCUACCAAUAUUUCUGAUUUUGCGAUUUAAAGCAUCGCGUAGUAUAAUUUACUGUUUACUACCGAAGCCAUAUUUCAGCGGGUUAUGUAUUAAUGUUACGCAAAUUGCUAAGGAAGUAGAAUAAUCAUGUCCGUGAUUUCUGGCCAUGUCGUGAUAUUUUAAAAUUGCUUUUAUAUAAGAAAAUAUUUUGCAUUUUGAUCGUUUAUUUUCAUUUGUGUUUUUUCCCGCUUUUUAGACGUUUCAUCUUGACGACGCUCCUGCCAGUAGAAACGAGCCUUAUCGUUUGAAAAGUGUGACUAGAUCGGAUCACAAAGCAUCAGUUGCUCUGGAAGGAAGAAAUGAUAUGAGUACAUUAGAAGUUAAUUGUGGCAGCGAAGGAAGUUUGGGAUUACAACCUCUGGAAGAAAAGGUAAAAUUAAUGUAAUUACAAAACUUGGCAGACUUGAAAAAAGUGGAAAACUCAAAAUCUUGAAUCCUGUAGAAUAUUUGUCCUAGCGUUCUAUUGAUUCCUUUCCUAUAGGAGUUUAUUAUGACACAUUAUCAUUCCCGAAUAUUAGCGGACAUGUUUCAGUCUCAUGUUAUCAACGACUUUUGUUUAAUCGGUCCAAAGGUAAGUAUUUCAAGUUAUUAUUACAUUACAUUACAUUAUUAUUAUUAUUCAGUUCACUCCCCAUCAUCAAGUAUUACGCUUACUUAUGUUACUGACUUAGCUUAGACUAUUUAUCUUUGUGAUCUUACUUUCCUAACUGUGUUUAUCCUAACUCACCCUGCCAACUUGCCCUGUGGGAGGAAACCGGAGCACCCAGAGAAAACCCACGACUCUUUUCACACGAGUCCGUAGCGAGAAUCGAAGCCAUGAUCUCAGAGGUGAAUGGCGCUUGCUCUGACGAUUGCGCCACCGAAGCCCCCUAAAGGCCCGUUUACACGGGCGAUUUUUGCUGCGAUUUUAGUUGCGAUUUUCUCCUUUUGGAGAAUAUGAAGGACUAGAUUACUUAUGGUUACAGAACACCUAAUUUGAGUGUUAAUUUUGCCUAAAAUUUUUUUAUUGGUUUUCAUGAAGCAUUAGACCAGUUCUACUAUCUGACCAAGUUUCAACGAAAAAUGUUGAAAACUCGCAGAGUUAUUUAAUAAAAUACAUUUCGCUGCAAUAAGAAAAACAUUGAAAAUGUAUUAUUCAAAUUCAAUUUUCUCCCAAAGAAUUUUACGGUAAUUACUGAUUUUCAAACGAGUUGUUCUCCUGCGGGCUUUAACCAAUUUUUCUCAAAUUUUCACAGGACAUAGCUAAAGACGUCAGUUUCAAAAUUGUGUUCCGCUUUUUUUUUUAAUUUUGGAUAUUUUAAAAAUAAAGAGCAAUUCACUCAAACAAUUCAGAAAUAUAUUACAGUCGUCAAAGAAAUCGCCAUAUCAUCUCAAUGACGAAAUAAACAAAAAUUUCCGAACACAAUUUUUUAGAACAACUAUUUUGCUGUAUAAAAAUUAUAUUUUCAUAAAUAUAACUUAAAACCAGCAGGAGCACAACUCAAAAGCGUAACGGUACCGCGAUUUAAGAUUUUCCUGAAUAAUUAUUGAGCGCGAAGUAGCGAUUUUCCGCAAAACGCCAAAAAGUGUGUCCUGUAACCUUAAUGACGUUGUUAUGAAAUUUCAUAACCUGAAACAUUUAUAACUCGUCCACUCCUUCACAUCCAUCAGAAAAAGAAAAUCGCCCUAAAAUCGCAGCAAAAAUCGCCCGUGUAAACGGACGGGCCUUAAGUUGUCAUUCAUGGACGUUAAAAAACCCAAAAUUGACUCACAUUACCGUCGAUUGUACCCAUGAACCUCGGGUAUCCUUUACUUUUAAAUUUUUAUAUGUAUUCUUUUCGCCGUAUUCUUUAGGGUUGUGGUAAAAGUGUUUUGGUACAUCAGUUUGCCAGACUUCUUGGUUAUCAAAUUGAACCAGUUAUACUUCAUCAGGUAAUUGAAGUGGCGAAGCUGACCAUGACAACUGGUCAUGUUGUGGUAAUAAACUUGCACUAUCUAAAUAAGUUAAAGAAUGCAAAUCAUUAAGAAUUUGCAUAGCAUGAUCUGUCGCUAUUAACUUCAUGCGCAGGACUCUUAUUUGCAAUCUUGUGACAUUACAGUAUGUUUCAAAUUACUAUUGAAGUUCAAGUGGUUGGGUGACUUGUCUUAUAAUGGCUUAAAAUCGCAGUUUAAAUUAGGUUAGGUCAUCAGAGUUAGGACUUUGGAGUGUAUAAAGAUAACAGAUUGCUGUAUUAUGGCUGUUCUGUGUAAAAUAUCGAUAUACAAAAGUGGUUAAUAGGCAACAUAACAGAAAUAUAGACAUAUUUUAUGAUUUUAGGAUAUGACAUCACGGGACCUUCUACAACAACGUACAACAUUACCAAAUGGUGACACAAUAUGGCGACCUUCGCCAUUGAUUGUUGCUGCGACUGAGGGUCAUCUUGCACUGCUUGAUGGGAUACAUCGAAUUAACCCUGGCACAUUAUCUGUUUUACAACGGUUUGUCUAUAAAUAUGAACUAUAUUAGCUCACAAAUUCUAAACAGUAUUAGUAUAGGUACUCGCCCCGGCGGCUCGUCCAAUUUUGGCAAAAUUUCCAAACAUCACUCGUACUAUUAAUCCCUAAUUGUACGGGCGACAUCGUAUAUGAUUACUUGUUGACAAAAUUGGAUACUUAUCAAUGUCAACAUCAUAUUCUCUCGCCAAAGCCCAGUCCUGCCAGACGUUCAACCAAAAUUUGGUGCUUUUGUUCGUAUUUUCAUUUAGAUAUUUUGUUAAAGCAAAAUUUGGUGCUUUUGUUCGUAUUUUCAUCUAGUUCCUCAAGGGCAAUUUCAUUUUACAUUUGUGUUCAAAAUACCUUUCCGCCGUUUUGUUUGUUUGGGGAAAAUCAUUAAUUGUGCCGCAAUACAAUUAAUGAAAUAAUUGUACUCCUCUCAACCAAUCAGCAUCCAGUAAUUUUGCCAUGCUAAUAAUAAAUUUAAUAAUAGCCUCUAUACUACACGAUCAUGCAGAGUUGGAUCAUAUCGAACUGACGUAUUGCAUAAUCAUGACGUCGACGUUUUACUUGCAUAUAGCCAUCCAGGAAAGUUAUAUAUUCAAACGUUUCUGGAAUCAAUCUUCUUAACCUUUCUGAACUUAACACAGAAGCUAAUUCUUGAACCUUGAACCUAAUUCUUACCCUAACACCAAAACUACAGUACACUAACCUACAAUAUAUCCUUCAGUAUAUUAACUACUUUACUUUCCAAUUUGAUCCCACGUUUUAUAGAACAUGUGCAUGCAAUUUAUUAAUUUAGGCUUUUGAGAUUGUAUACCAGACAGACAGACCUUAACAUUGCAUGUCUAGAAUAAGCUGCGUAUAUAGUGAAAGAAAACACUUCCACACAUACGCAAGUUUUUGAAUACCAAAGGAAUUUUUCCUAGCUGUAUAUAUUACUAUACCAGUUUAAAGCAAAUGAGUGGAAUAUGACGCAUGCAUGAUAUCUUCUAUUUUCAGACUAAUUGGUGAUCGUGAAAUCUCGUUAUAUGACGGUAGUCAAUUAUUACGUUCUGACCGCUACAAACUGCUUAAAGAAAAGUCUGGUCUUUCUGAAGAACAGCUCGCCGAAAAGUAAGGGUCACGCCGUCACGGCAUAUAUUUAUUCCGAUAGUGUAUAUUCUAUUAGGCCUAUGUAAUAUUUUGCAACAUAAGAAUAAGUCACAUUUAGUGGUUUGAAAAGUUGUCCACGAGAUGAUAUUGCAUAAUGUUAUCUUGUCACUGAAAAGCUGACUAUAAAUACGGCUUACAGCAUUCUUACUGCAUGUUGUGUAUUUUGUGGUACCAAGAUGGCAUUUUUCCCUAAGGCAGAGCCGAUGAUAACGAUGAGUGGUCGAGCGGACAAAUACGUGUUAUGUUAAAUGUUAAAUGUCAAUUAACAACAUUUAUCUAAAAAUUUGGGGCCCUUUGGAAAACCCAAAAUGACUCAAUUUCUAUGCAUAAUUAUGAGAUUUAAGUACCGAAGUCAUACAGGGAAUCUCUAUACUGAACUGUUCUAUCGAGAAGUCCUGUAAGGACCAUCGGCCGUUAUUGGUCAAUUUUUGAACCUGGUCGCAGAAGUGAAAGACAUAUGCACUUACCACUGCAUGUGCAUAAAACCCAGGUCUGUGCAGAAAAUACAUCAUAUUUUUUCUAUUUACUAGCUUCACCGGCAUUAGUUUACAUUUAUAAAUAAACUUAGCUAAAUUAUCUUUGGCAGAGUGACUGCAACGUGAUCAGCCAAUUACUGCGGGCCCAAAUUAUACUAUAGCUAACGAUAAUUACAUGUCUUUUUAGAAAAGUGUAUCGUAUUCAUCCGUCAUUUCGUCUCAUUGGUCUUGCUGAGCCGCCUCAGAUAAACAGCAGUCAGAAUCAAUGGUUGAACUCAGAACUACUUCCUUUAUUCCUUUAUCAUCAUAUCGAGCCUUUGGAGAAGAAUGAAGAAGCUGAAAUUGUAUUUAAAAUGGUAUAUUGUCAUUUUUUCUCAAUCUGUUUUAAAAUUAAUUUGGAAGUUGAUAACCUUCCAGUUCCAGUCUUGGUAAGGCGCGAACCAUGAGUGGGGAAUAUAAGAGAGCGUUACAUUUUUACAAACGCUCAGGGGACAAGCUCGAAGGGGGCAAUUUUUUUCGCGGGAAACAAAGCGAAAAGAAGCGCAAUAUUCGCCGUGAAAAGGUACAAACUGAUCUUAAUAUUCCUGUCCCUAACCAAUCGCAUUGCUGAUCUUAUUUUUCGAAUCGCGUCGCACGAACAUUUUCGCCCAGCGGAAAAUGAUAAUCUGGUACUAUAAAAUUAUUAAGAACAUAUUUUCGUACAGGCCAACGAGAGAGUUGUGCCCAAAAUUUACCAGCUGGGGCGAAAGAUGUCAUUUCUAGAUAGCAGAAACGGUGCCAGAUAUGCCCCAAACGUGAAAGGAACCUACAACAGCCCCAACGUGAAGUGGAACCCAACCUCAAACGGAUUCCCCAAAUGUUGUGCACCCUUUAAAUUCUUGCCAGGGAUAAUUUGGCCCUUAGGCAAUAAAUGAACCAAUUAUAUUUUAUUUUGUAGGUUCCAAAUGUUGCUAAUGAUAAGAUGAAAAUUGUCCUUGACAUGGCCGAAACACUUAGAAAUUCAAACAAUUCAAUGGUAUUUACCUUUUGACAAACUACCACUCAAAGACAUUUAAUAUGUGUCUCCAGAGAAAAUAUCGAUGAUAAGUUGUAUAAAAAUUGAAAACUAACUUUGUUUACUGGAUGGCUCUUGAUAAUCAAUUCUUAACUGUUUCUCUAAAGAUCGAGUAAGGGACACUGGCUACUGGGUAUCUAUAGUGUUAUUACAAGAGAAAGUCGACGUACUCGAAGGAAAUUUGGGGUAGUAAAACUCAAAGCGCUACGUCAUCUCUCAUUCGGUUGUGGCGAUGUUAUAACAUAAGACUGCAUUCUCAAGUAAAUUCUCUAAUUAUAUUCAGCCCCUUAUUAAAAUGGAGCUUUUUAAUAAGCUCUCUCCCUUUCAAAGGAGGAAAUUGUGAAUUUUAUACAUUUAUUAAACCUAAGCACGAGCAGUUGCGAAAAAUGCAAAUAAGGUCCUCUGGCAGGAAUCGAACCUGCGGCCCUAUAUAGUGCAUUUUUUUUCAUUUUUCUAGGUCUAAUAAUUCUAUAAAAUUCACACGCGAAAUUUCCAUCUACAAACCCCUUCAACAAUUAGUUCUAUCGAAUGUAGAUGCCUAAAAUCGUGAUAAUUAAUAAAUCAGCCUUAAAUUUCAGUACUGUUCCAUUUUAAUCGCUGUGCCAUCAAUGGAAUCGUGCAUGUUCUUUUUACUCUCAGUACCUCAGUGGUAUAGUUAAAAUCAUGUUGCCAUACAGCCAAUACCAAAUUCCUCAUCAAGUAAUCCUAAAUGGAAGUAAUACUUUUUUCUUAUUUUUCAGUUGUCAUCAAUCGCCCCGUCAUUUUCCACCAGACAGUUAUUACGCAUUGCCAAGCGUAUCGCUGAAUAUCCAUCUGAAGAUCUGUAUCAAACCAUAAACCGCGCUUGCCUUACAGAGUAAGUUCUUUCUGUUACUAUAGAGAGGUGCAGAUUUGACUUACCUAUAUCACUGACUCUGGACGCAUCUGAUUGGUUAAUCGGGUAGAUUAGACUCAUCUGAUUGGUUAAUGGUAGCGGUAGUGGAAAGUCAAAUCUGAGCUCGUCUAUAUUAUAUAUUAUAUGUUGAAUAUAUUAUAACCAACCAUCGAUUGUUGGAUAUUAAACGAGCUCAUAUUUGACUUGCGCUACCGUUACCAUUGAGUGUACUGUAUAUGAAAUUAUUCAUUAGUAAUUCGUAAUGUUUCCUCAGUCUAGAGGAAGAAAUGGGUCACGGAUCACAAAACCUUUUUGAUUGCGCAAUCAUGAACUCAUUUGCGCCAAUCCUUUUCUGGCUUUAGUAAGAGGCGAUACGGUUGAAUACCUGCAUAUGAUCAACAUCCACUUACUCGAACACUAUUGACACUUAUUUUGUAAGUUUUAUCGUUUACAGCUUAGAAUCUACCAUUUCUGUUGUAGGUUUCUUCCAUCACUCGCUAAGACUGCUUUAGAAGAUGCGAUGAAAGGAAUGGGCAUCAACAAAAUUGUCAGCAUAACGUCUGAAACACCAAAGGAACUGAACAUUACUGGUAUUUAUUGAUUUUUUAGUAUUUUAAAUAGAUGUCAUCAAGUAUUGCAUUAUUACUGAAUUGUUUUAUCAAUUCUAUGUAAACUACUCUCCCCGACGACAGGACAAAAUUUUCUUUUUGAAAAUCUGGGAGUGUCCGAAUUUUCUAGGACUUUUAUACCAUGCAUAUUAAGCCUGAUUUCCACUAGGCGGAAUUUUGCGCGCGGAGCGACAUUUUCCGCAGCCACAAAGUUGAAAGCAGUUCAACUUUUUCAGUUUCCGCGCGGAAAAUGUCGCUCCGCGCGCAAAAUUCCGCCUAGUGGAAAUCAGCCUUAAAUGACUGUACGAAAUUGGAACAACAUCUAAAGCCCAAGCAUAUUAAUAUGGCAUCUUGGAUUCAGUUCAUUUGCAUAACAAACAAACUGAAAUAUCGAUGAAAGAUUAUGAAAACCUUUAAUAGCAUAAUUGCUUUAGGAAUUCUUUGAAGAGGACAGUCAACCUGAAAUUCAUUGCAGAUGUCAUUCAUAAGAAUUAAUAUGAAAUUUACUACUGAUCACACUCUGUAAUUAAUUUAAAUAACUUCAUGAAAUAUCUUCAAUUUAGGCGAAAAUGUGAAGGGAUAUAUUCAAAUUGGUCAAACACAACAUGAAAUCUACAAUGCUCCGAACAAAACUAAAGUGCCAGAUACUUUAUUUUAUAAUAAUUAUCAGGUUAGUAUUUAGGAAAUUUGAUCUCUUGAUCAAAGCAACCAAUGAGUUUGAUAAACUGGCACUCUUUGAAGAACUUUACACAGUUUGUCAACUAAAAGAUUUUUUUGGAUUAUACUUUUAUACUCAUUUUAUACUUUCAUAUUUUUAGCUUCAAUUCGACGAUUUUGUUAAAUUCGAGGAUUUUGUUUGCAAGGACGAAACAUUUCCCCUCCCUUAUUCAACAUUAGGGGGCUCAUACACACCCCCUUGUCAGCUUCCUAUGCCCCUACAACAACGUCAAUUUAUCAAGCUCGUGAUAAAAUGGAAAUUUAUUUUCUUCUUUAGUUUUAGUUUAAUUCUUUUUCAGCAUAUUGAAGUAAUGGAAAACAUGUUAAAAGACUUUCGAGUUGGGGAACAUUUACUACUUGUUGGAAAUCAGGUUUUGAUAGAAACUAUACUUAUCUUUCAUCUUUUCAUUAGUGAUAUAACAAUGUUAGAGUAAUGUAUUAGCAUGAUUUUUCCUGCUUUUUCAUUCAGGGAGUUGGCAAAAACAAAAUUGUGGACAAAUUUCUUCAGCUAUUAAAUAGGCCAAGAGAGUACAUUCAAUUACACAGGUGAGAAUCAGUGAUGGUUAUAUUAGCAGUGAUGGUUAUAUUAGGAGUGAUGGUUAUAUAUAUUAUAUUAUAUUAUCAGUGGGCAUGAUUGUACUGUAUUAUUAGUGAUGCUUAUAUGGUAAUAUUUAACUUGUGAUUAUAGUUUUAUAUUCUGUGAUAUAGACAUGCAAUUCGACCGUUAAAUCCGUCCUGUGUACCGCUUUAAACUUCUAUAUAGCAAUAUACUACUUUAAUAUUUUUUUAACUUUACCGAUAUGUGAUUGCGAGUAGAGCAAGGUUCAAUUAAAAGCUUACAUGUAUAAUUAAAAUUUUAAUAUGUCUUCGUUAAUUUAAAUCUAUGUAUUUAAUAAUAUUCCUUGCUUUUAUUCUAUAUAGGGACACUACCGUACAAACUUUAACCUUGCAACCAACGGUUCAUAAUGGCGUCAUUGUGUAUGAAGAUUCACCGCUGGUGGGUACUUUGAUAUUGUACUUUCCUUGUUCAUGAAAUCAGCACAAUAGCAAUAACUACAUCUAACCUCAUUCACAGACAUCUCGUAUAGUUCACCUGGCUUGGGUUCCCGCCAAACUAAAGGCAAUACCUACGGAGGAAGCUAAACUACAUCAAUAAUACUUCUUUAAUGCGUGCUGUCUCAGCACACGUGAAGGCGUGCUGCCUUAACAGCAACAACAAUUACUGUGUAGACUAUGGCAGAUUCUGCUAAUAAUUCAGUCUAAGAAACUUUUUUUAUCUCAUACCCAUAGUAAUUCAUGAGGAAGUUAAUAACCAUAUUUCGUUAUGUUGGUACUGGUCCUGUUAAACCUAACGAUGUACAUACUUAUUCAGUCGAGGGGCAGGAUAAAUUUUGUCCGGUUUUAUAGGACUUUAAGUCUCAUUUUAAGAUAUUCGCCACAGACUGGGACUUACUACCUGAAAUCUAAAUUCUUAUUCAAAAUCAUUUUAAUGAAUUAAAAUUGAAUUAAAAUUAAAAUGAAUUAAAAUUACAAUUAAAAUUGUCAAGACAAUACAAGUGGGGUGCAUACACACUAAACAAUCUGGUACCUCAUGCAUGAAAAAGAGGCAUUGUAAGUAGUUUUGUGGAAUUCAGUAUAAUUCCUUCUAGUAUCUGUUUUCAUGUAUAUGCAGAUGAAUUUAUCUAUAGUUGUGUUUUAUAUUUUUCAGGUGCAAGCAUUGAAGUUUGGUCAUGUUUUAUUGAUUGACGAGGCUGAUAAAGCUCCGAUUAAUGUAACUUGUGUUUUGAAAACACUUGUUGAGAGUGGAGAGAUGAUUUUAGGAGAUGGCAGACGUGUUUUACCAGGUAAAGUGAAAUAUAAAAACCUAUGACGUCAUUUCCAUGACGUAAAAUAUAUGUAAGCCAAUCACAGCUCUAUCAGCUAUUAGAUCACAGAUUACAAGUGGAAUGAUGUGUUUAACUGUACAGAACAGUUGCGGAUUUGUCAGUUUGGUUUAUGUGAGAAUAGAUAUAAUAGCAUUAAAAGUGUGAUUCAAGUUUCUAGGUUAUUUUCUUUUUACCAACUAUAUUUAGCUAAACUAAUAUCCGCUGAUAUAUUGUAUUUUUCAGCUGGUCACCUACGCCAUCCUCUUCCCGACAAUGUUAUUGAAACUCAUCCUGAUUUCAGAGUUAUCGUUUUGGCAAAUAGACCAGGAUUUCCCUUUCUGGGAAACGAUUUCUUUGGAGCUAUGGGUAAACUUUUAGUGUCUUAAUAACAUCAUGUUGUAAUGAAUCCAUGCAAUUCUUUUAGUUUUGUAUUUCAUGAUUAGAGAUAGUAAAUUUAAAAUUGUUGAAGAUCAACGUGCGUAUUAUGUUAUUGAAAAGGCAGACAGAUUUGGAACCUUAUGUCUUCAUUCGAUGCACGACGGCGAAAUUCUUCGCGCGAAAUUGUGUUUGCGAAAUAUGGAUGGUUGUACAUGAGUGAUUCUAUAUUGAAUUUUCCCACUUUUUCUCUUUCGUGAAAAAAUUUUCCCACUUUUUUUCUUUUGUAAGUUGAACUGACUUGUACUCACUGAUGAAGCGAAAUUUUUUAUCGCGAAUUGCCUAGUUUAUCUUUAUUACGCAUGCACCUAAUUCAUUUCGCGCAAAAUGUUUCGCAUUUCGCGGAAGAAAGCGCUCGUGGAAUCAGGCCUUUAGCCUUGGUUAACCUAUUAAAUGGUAUCGUUCUCCUCAGACUGCCCAGAGGUCCAGCGAGAGCCAUCCCUUGGUAUUCCAAACUUGCAGUAAAACAAAUGCGUAUUGCAGGAAAACGUUGUUCCGGCAAAUCGUGAGAUUUUACCACACCAUCACUCAAGGUUUUGCUAUUACACGCGAGAUUUUUCAUUUAUCAAAUCGCACAUUAAACAAAAUUACACAAUUUGCGGGAUUCCUAAUUCAUGUAUUUAAACCCGAUGGCAAAGACACUAACCACCUUGCCAUCAACUCUCCCUUCCCUUUUUGUUUACGUCUGACAAUGAUACAGUGUUGCGGAAAUAGUUAAUUAUUUCUCAUGUUUGUUCAGGUGACAUUUUUAGCUGCCACGCAAUCAACAAUCCUGAUAAAGAAUCUGAAAUGGUAAUCAUUAAUAAUUCAUGAGAAAAUCCAAAACUAAUUAAUGCUUAAUGAGGGGUUGUAUUAAACAAAAUUCUCCUGUUUUGCAUAAACUUUUUUCCUCAAUUUUCUCAGUUAAAAUCGCUUCUUUUUGGAUAAUUUCUUAAAACACAACUGUUGAAAUCCUUAAAGGCAGUUUUCCACUAAGCGAAAUUUUUCGACCGAAUCGAAAUUUUCUUUUGUCUUACAAACACUCAGAUGGAACUAAACAAGGAAUCUUUUGAAUUUGAACAAUAGAAAUUUCGGUUCGAUCGAAAAAUUUCGCCUAGGCGAAAUUUUUCGACCGAAUCGAAAUUUCUCUUUGUUUCACGAGCUCUCGAGCAGAAGUAAUUGUAAAAAGACAAAGAGAAAUUUCGUUUCGGUCGAAAAAUUCCGCCUCGUGGAAUCAGGCCUUUAAGGCCGGAUUCCACGAGGCGGAAUUUUUCGACCGAAACGAAAUUUCUCUUUGUCUUUUUACAAUUAGUUCUGCUCGAGAGCUCUGAAGCAAAGAGAAAUUUCGAUUCGGUCGAAAAAUUUCGCCUAGUGGAAAACCGCCUUAAAGGACCAUUUCCACUCAAGAAAAAUUUCCACGGACAGAAAAUUUUCCGCAGAUAUAAUUGUUAAAAGUUGAAAAUUUUCAACAAAAAAACAAAAUUUUUUCAACAACAAAAUUUUUUUCCUACGGAAAAUUUGUGUCGGCAAUCACAUUUUACAAAUUUUUCUUUCCGCGAAAAAUUUUCUUGAGUGGAAAUCAGGAGAUGGAGACUACACAACUUUUGCCUAAAACUGUUGCAUGCAACCUGCUUACAACUUGAGUUGUACUUUGUAAAUCAACAUACAACUCGCAUAUCUUGUCAUAAGUGAGUUGUAUGCUUGAUUUACACAGUACAACUCAAGUUGUAAGCAGGUUACAUGCGACAGUUUUAGGCAAAAGUUGUGUUGUGUAAAUCGGCUUUUGCACUUCACAAGCUAAAUACAGCAUUCGCGUUAUCAGACAUACAACCUCUUGUUUUUGGCUCGAGUUUGUAUAUUUAAUACAACACGGUCGCUCAUGCUGUAUAUAUUACCAAAAAUGCUCAUCUAUGCAUGACGCAAACGCAUUUAAACAAGAUAUUUACUUUACUAAUAUUUAGGUGUGAAAUUAUAUCUAUUCUAGGAAAUGUUAAAACAAUAUGGACCAGAUGUUCCACAUAACGUGUUAUCAAUGCUCGUGGAUGCAUUCUCAGAAUUACGUCAUAUGGCAGAUCUCGGACAAAUAGCUUAUCCAUACUCAACGAGAGAAGUUGUCAACGUCGUGAAGCAUUUACAAGUAUGGCUUAUUAAUUCUCAAUAUUUAAGAAAGAGCCUAUAUAUUUAAUAGUUAUUCUACGAACUCGAGUCGAAUAUUCGCUCAUUCGCUUUUAUUCAAAAUAUUUCAAAAAUAUAUAUUUCUAAACAUUUUAAAUUUUAAAAAUUCAUUUGCUAACCUGUAAACAAUUUGUGGGAGUUUUUUCAUUGUGUUUUUAAUCCUGUAAAGGCUAUAAAAAGCGAACAACUUGCCGUUUUCUGGUUCGCAAAACGUCGGAAAUUCAGUUCGAGUCGCCAUUUUGUUUUUCUCUACUAGCAGGAUAUGAGCUAAUAUCCUGCUAGUAGAGAACCAAUCAGAUUGCAGAAUACCUCAUAUCCAGACCUUGUGUAUAUAAUAAAUAUAUCUAACCUGUGAUAUAACUCUAACGGUCUGUGCCCGCAAUAACACAUGCAGAAAGCUGCGGAUUGAGAGGGAUUCAACUAUCUGAAAAAUACAAGUAAAACUUCGACGUUUUGAGUGAAGGACCUUCCCUCAUAAUAUCCAAUAUCCAAUUUUGACGAAUGGCUUACUCAUGUGUACGUUUCUCUAAAACUCGAGCAUAUUUCUGCAACACAUUACUGAAUGGAUCAGGGUCAAAACCUCACAUAAUAUAGACAGCUAAGUUGUACUUUUUCUGCAUAAUUCUCCCCCGAAUGACCCCAAAAUUCAACCAGCUUUCUUUUCCAGCUUUUUCCACCAAAUUAAAUGCGCCAACUUGUAAUACCUUUACUUCCGUACCUGGAACACACACAACCUCAGUAUGCUGACGUUUGUAAUCGCUUGGGUAUAUAUACCAAAUCUCAUUGGAGAUUUCCACCCCCAUCUACAUGACAAGGCUUUCGGGUUUGUAUUGCCGCGUCGGGCGAUGUGAUAAAAGCUUAUACAGUUACGAAAGUUCUUUGACAGUACUAACGACAUUUAUUAUUAUUCAUUAGGUAUAUCCUGAAGAUGGCUUGGGUCAAGUGGUUCGUAACGUAUUUGAUUUUGAUAGUUACCAUCCAGAUGUACAGAAGACAGUUUUAUCAACGUUACGUAAACAUGGUAUUCCUGUUGGGGUUACAGUACGAGAUGUCAAGUUAACUAAAGAGUAAGCAGGAAAACGGUAAACACGUGUAGUUUCAGAUUUAGAAAUAAUUCUUAAGAAAAAAGAUAUUGCUGUGAUUUAAACGAUGUAGAACGAUGCGACUGAACUUCCGUACCUGGACUUCCGUAUACGUUAGCGGUUAGGUAGUAUUAAAUAUAUUUUUGCUUAUUUUAAUUUUUUUAUAAUGUAUCAGUUUUUUGGUAUGUAAAUGUAUUAUGUGCACAUGUAUGACUGCGUGAAUAACAAUCAAGGUACAACGCAAAAUGAAAUAAGGAAAAAAGUGAUUUUAUGUAAAUUUAUAGCAAAAAUGAUGUUAAAAUAAAAAACUUGAAGUCUCUGUAAUUUAUUGUUCUAAUGGUUAGUAUUGUACAAGUAGUUUAUUAUUAAGGAAUAAUUUAGGGGCCAUUCGACCCGGAUGUUUAGAAUGCGUGCAUGGCGCACUCAUGACAUAUUCAACAGAGGAAUAGCCUCGCAGCCUAGAUGGGCAACAGUUAUUAAAUAUUCAGGCUCCGUACUGUUAAAUAUGUUCCGGGUCAGCAACAGUCUUUGUUAAUUGAUUUUUUGCCAUGCACUACACAAUAUAUAGGCCAUAUUACUUCUUAUUGGUGUGUUUAAGUGAAGCGUGUGUUUAAAUUUCUUUUUGAAGAUUCCCACUUCCUAAGCCAAGUUUAGUUCACAACUGGAGUUUUGUGGAUGGUGAAGAUAUUUCGUGCUUAGUAGAAGAACAGGCGCUUGUUUUCAAGGUUCGCAUAUAUAGUUAUGUGAAUUGAUAUUUCAAACGUAUAUGUGUCAAGUUUAGGAAGUAUUCUACAAUACAAAAAAUACAAUUGUGCUUCGACCUUCAAAGAAAGAAGAAUUAUACAGCAAUACAAUGUAACAAAAUAUACAAUUUCUAUAAAUGAGAAACCGAGGAAAGGAGCUCAAAGCAAUGGAAAACAGGAGUAAUGAUCCUUCUGAUUUUACCUCAAAAGGAAAACUCAUGGCACUGUUAAUUUCAGGGAGUUAAUUUAACUCCAGUGAAGUUAUUUUGAACCCAAUUUUACUCUAAUUAUGGAGUAAUUAACUCCCUGAAAUUAACAGGGCACUCAUAAAAAUUUUCUCUCAAUCGUGUUUAAUCUAUAUUUACAAUUUUCAGAAACCAUUGAAGAUCGAGUGUCCUCGUUUCGACGUAGAUCGUCAUAAUGCAAGGGCGACAGGUUUUACUGAAUUGUUGAGUGAAUGGAUGUUACCUUUGUAUGAGUCCAGUAUCAUCCUGGAUAUGGCAGUGGGUGAAGGUACAUAUUAUUACAAUUAUUACUGUAAUAUUCCUUUCUGUUCCUAUAUUGCCCCACCCCACGAAGAUCAGUAAAAUGUAUUAAUCGACUGCCCAUCCGAUAUCUGCUCCACAAAACCCAAAAAUACGAAGUUUAAAAAUGUCAAACUAUUGACUGUUGUACACCUGAAUAUUUGAAAACUGUAUCGAGCCACUUUAACCAAAUUAUUGAAUAUUUCAACGCCUACAUUCAAGAUGUCACUUUUGAAAUUACAUCUCCUAUCACACAUUAUCGAUGUAUAUGACAUUAACCAACAUUGUUUCUUUGACUUUGUGUUCAGGUGGUGUUGGUGGCGAUUGGCUCCAUGUGGCAACAGCUAAUCCUCUUGUGAUGUAUUCAAUGCAGACGAACCAGAAUUUCGUUAUUUGCACUGACUUAUUUCCUCUCUUUCCUUACAACUAUUUUAACCAAUCUCCUCAGAUCAAAGUUGCUGCUUUGAGUGGGGAUGUAUUCCAAGGUCAACUUAUUUUUCAUGAACAGCAAUCAAACACGAUGCUUUUACUUAACCCAAGUAACAACGAACUUCAACAGGUUGCUGUAAAAACUGAUUCCUUGACACGGACUAUUUCCAAGCAGUUUAAACAAACGAAGUACAACAUGUGUGACGAUAAGACGUUAGGAAAUUCCUUAGUGGUGUACCCAGAUGAUGGAAAAGAAAUUCAGUUGAUAGAUUUUGAUACUGCAAGAGAGUGCACCAUAUCCUUGCCUUUUAUUAUUGAUCAACUUCAUCUUGUCUCUGAAAAAAUGUGGAUUUUAAAUGAAAAGGACACAAAUGCGAUGUAUAUUCUAAGUAGCGAGCAAGGAACUCAGAUUCCUAACUUACUUACAACCGUUCAAGACACCUCAGGUGAACCGCAGUUGGUUUUAGAUAAAAUAUCGGCUAGUGCAUUGCCGCAAGAUGUGUUGGAAAGUUGUCAAAGUCAUCUUCCAGAAGUAUUUAUGCCAGAUUUCUCGUCAAGUACUGUACGUCUGAUUGCUACUGGAGAUAACUUAGCAAGUUUGGCAGUCAGCAAUCCUGCGAAAGUACGGGAACGAUAUCCACUCAGCUUUUACUCCUAUCCAAGGAAACAAGGAGGUGAACAAGGUAGGCACACUUCGUUUACUUUUGAUUCCAGUGUAGCCAGAACUGACCAAUAUUCGAGCAGAUAGCCUUAGGAUGCCAUUACUUGAAACGAGGUUGACGUUUUGAGCAAAGUCCCUUCGUCACUACUAACUUUCAGAACGCCGUCGUUCGUUGUGAUACUUCUUCCAGGUAGCAUUCAAAUAACACUUUGCACUUGUCAGUGCAUAUUUUCAGUGUCUAAAAUAAAAAGCAUACUUUAUGUUUUCUAUUCAUGAUUUGCUUUCUCAAAGCUUGCAUUCAUGUUUGAAAUUAUCAGAUUUUCGGCAAAGCACAUUAAAACCCCGACGAAUUUGCGACAGAAAGUAAAACGUAUAGAAACUUUAUUAGAAAAUUCUAACUGAGUUGUUUCUGUGUUGACUUUUUAUAUCUUUGGAUUUUUGUACUGUCUAUAACUUAUCAAGUAGAAAUCCCUAAAUUAUUUUCUUUAGAAAAUAUUUCCAACAAAAUUUCAAAAGAAAUGUAUCCAAAUCCAUUAUGUCUUUCUAAUGUUGGGCAAGUGGUCAGAAUUAUUCCUCCAUCACUCGUCCCGUCCGAAACCACAAACCAGGAAACUAAGACUGAGAAGAAGAGAUUGUCAAAUCAUUUAGAAGUGGUAGAUAUAUCACAGAAUUCAGUCCGUUACUUGUCUCUACCUCACGUGAAGAAGAAAGAUUUUUAUACAAAAUGGACAACAAAGGAAGUUUUGAUCGACUCUUUAUCAAAUGACGUCCUAGUUUCUGUUAAUUCUGAUGGGUCGGUGCGCCUGUGGGAGACUGGUACUAGUGACCUUCAGAAGUCGUUUUCUGAGUGGAAAACGUUGGUGGGAGAUGAGAACGAAUCAGGUUCAUUGCAGGUUCGUAUAAAUUAACAUGUUUGUUACUUCGUACAGUAACGUCGUAGUUUCUGUGGACAAAAUAAUAUCGAUGAUAAUGUUAUUUAAAAUACUAUCGAUGAUAAUGUCAUCUAUUUAAGACGAAUAUGGUUCCUCUCAGCUAACGCUGAUGUAGGGCCAGCAAUCUACCCUGUCAACUUUCUCUGUGGAGGGCAUUGAAAUACCCGGAGAACUGAUGUUAGAAGUGAAUGGCAGUCGCUCUGACGACGGCGCCACCGAAGCCCUGGCUAAAACGAAACCCUGGCUAAAAAUUACCUGAAACUGCAAUGGCUAUCAGGAAGAUACAACUAGAUAGUCCACUCAAUAGUUGUUUUUACCUUCCUUUUGUUUUUUAUUAUUAGGUAACCCACGAGAGAAGCAGUGGCCUGGAUGUCACGCGACCAAAACAUGGAAAGGUAAGCAGAGAAAAACAUUUCACUGUUUAUAUCUUGUUACAGCAUGUGUGCUUUUGCUGAAUCUUCACCUCACUUUUAUAAGGUCGUCUUUACAUUAUGCGGUUAACGGUGGUUAACGCAUCACUGGUUAACACUGAGGUCUCUUUUUACAAUAUCUUUCCAUUUCAUUCUCAGUCUCCUGCAUGGCAGGAUAAAAGUUCAAAUAAACAAAUAUACAUAUGUAGGCUGAACUUUUAAACUACGCUUGAGUAGUUUAGCUAAACUAAAACCUGUUUUCGACUAGGCGGAAUUUUGCGCGCGGAGCGGGAUUUUCCCCUGUCUUUUCUAAUUAGUUCCACCCAAGAGAAAUUACAAGACAAAGAAAAAUUUCGCUCCGCACGCAAAACCGGCUUAAACGAGAGAAAUGCAGUAUGUCAUGGUAUGGUUUAUAUGACUUGUAGUUUUAACUUUAAUGUGAACAACGUUCUGUCAGCAGUAAGCACAAAGCUAAAAUGAACAUGUUUUAUGAUAAGCCAUUUGCAUCUGCGUUGUGAUAAAUUGCAGUUGAAUCACAACAUGUAGACUGGAAGAAUUAGCAAACGCAUAUCAAAAUAUUCAACUGUUCAGUCAUCAUUUGAAUAUGCAGAAACUCGCUUCAAAUUAGAAAAUUUCUCUAUUUUGCUUUACACAGAAGAGAAAAUAUGCUUGUACAAAAAUGAUUUAAUGGACAGUUCUAUUGGUACAUGCAAAACACAAAUAAUGAUUAAACAGUUGAAUAUUUGACAUUUUAAUGCUUCCAGUCUCAGCUACAUGUUUUGAUUCAACUGCAAUUUGUCCCGACGUAGAACGCGUCAUUUAGAUCAUGCGCAGUGGAAACCCUGAAUUGGCAGCUUAUCAUCUUCCGCAAACAAAAGUGAUCAGUGCUUGUGAACCAAUUCUUAAUUAACCAAUCACAGAACGUGUUCGUGUGGCUUCGUGAUGAUCACGUGUCAGGUGGACCAUAAUAACCAGGUUAACUUACUAAACAGAACUAAAUAAGUCAGAACCUAACUAAACUAAACAUAUCAUGAUUAAUUUUCUCCAUCAGGUGGACCCCAAUAACGAACCUCACGUUGGUGGCAAUACAUGGGCUGGUGGCACUGGAGGUAGGGAUACUGCAGGACUCGGGGGGAAAGGAGGACCAUAUAGGUUGGAUGCAGGACAUGAUGUUUCCCAGAUCACUGAUGAAGAGAAAGAUGCUGUACCAGAAGAAGUAAAGAGAGCCGCGAGAGAAAUGGGACAGAAAGCAUUUAAAGAAAGGUUAGGCAUUUUAUCCAGGUAUACUAUAUAGGUCAGUACACUCUAAAAAUACUCUGGUUAAUUUUAAUCUGGAUAUAGGGUUAAAUUCUAAUUAGGUGCCUGGUUGUAUAUCCACUUACCACAUGCUGAUUAAUGCAAUCAGGAGAUUCUGUUUCAAUCAACCCAAAUUCUUGGCAAGACCUGUUAUAAAGAUAAAUGAAAGAAAUUUGUGUCAUAUUGAGUUUAACCAAAUUAGGUUUCUAGUUGGCUCCUGGCCCAUAUUUUAAUUAUGCUGAUAUUAUAUAUUGAUUGUUAUGAAUAUUUAUUAAAGUAAAUAAAUAGAUUUUAACCUGGUUGUUUUCAGAGUGAAGGGAAAUCUUCAAAUUUACUAGAAUAAACGUUUCAGGAAAGUGCGUCACCUUGGUUAUACAGCUUCGAUUUCAUGAUUGGAGACAUUGGAUUGAGAUAUUUUCUUUUUGGACCAGGAACUGGUCCACAAUCGCUGCUAAUCUUGUUGUUGUUGUUGUUGUUGUUGUUGUUGUUGUUGUUGUUAGGCUCCUUAAUUUUGAGUCCGAUCGUCAUGGAAUUUGACACGAUGAUUUUAAACGAUAUUCCUCAUCGACUGGCGGUGUCCGAUUUUUUAUUUUCGAUUUAGGGACAAUGUACAAGCAAUUCUUGUAUGUACGCGUAGAAUAAUACUAUGCAUAUCAUUAAUAUUCAAACCCCAACCAUAACAAAGACAGUUAUGGACCAGCGACUAUUCAUUAAAUUUUGAUUUUAAUUAAAUUGUUAAUAAUAAUUAUUAACAAUUUAAUCAAAAUGUAAGUUAGUCGCUGGUCCAUGGCUGUCUUUUUAGGGUUUGGAUGUUAAUGGACGUGGUAUUAGUAAGCUGAAAUUGCCCACCAAGAAUUAAUUUUUCACGCACUUUGGCAUUUUCACUGAACAAAUAUUUAAAAGCAUUAAUUGUUUGCCCAUAAUACUACGCGGGAAAAUGCACAAAUUACAUCAAAGUACACGUGAUUUGCAUGUAUAAAGCAAAACAUUUAAGCGAACGCCGCCACUAUAAAACGACUCCACUUCGAGAAACAAAAAAUUGACUAGUGUUUCAUUCGAUCAUUUUAACAUACAGUAGAACCCCGCUAACUCGAACUCCCAAGGGGAACGAAAAAUUGUUCGAGUUAGCGGGGGUUCGAAUUAACCGGACUUGGUGUCAGAUUUCGUUUAUUAUGUUAAUAAUUAAUAAGGUAUAAAAGUUUUAUUAUACUGUUCAUCAAAAUUACAAAAGGUUUAAUUGUGCAUUCCUAUAACUAAAGUUCUUUAUAGUCAGUAUCUUUUUAACUUGGUUGAUGGAGGAGGCGUGCAAUUUCCAUGCAAACUAAAGUUCUUUGGACAUGAAAAAUAUGUAGAAAUUUACAAAAGGAACUAAAAAAAUUAGAUCAAUAACAAUCGUCGCAACUAUGUGUAUAAUCUCUUAAAAUUUAUGAUCAUUUAUACACCGAUUAAAUUGUUGUUAUUUGAAUAAAAAUCCAAGUUACCGGUUGUCAAAAUGCUAUGUUCUGACAUUUUAAGGUUUGGCGGUCCACGACUCGAAAACAAAGUUCGAGUUAACGGGAUAAAUUUGACCAAGGGAAAACAAAAUUUGUUCGAAUUAGCGAGGAGUUCGAGUUAAGCGAGUUCGAGUUAGCGGGGGACUACUGUAAUUUUAUUUUAAAAAAUGCCUCGCUGAACCAACAUUAGCUCAUUAAGGGUUUGAAACAAUGCAAAAGUUUGAGUUCUGAAACGAUGGAUCAACGUGGUGACCAGUUCCUGUAAAAGAUUUUUGAAAUCAUUUGAUGUCACCAUAACGAGAUAAAAGUCAAGGUUUCAAUCACUGAGAAUGAUAAUAAUUAGUAUCUAUUCUAGUAGAUGCUUCCAGUGUAGGAGGCGAUAAACAAUAUUGACGAGCUUAGGUGACUCUUGAAUGUAGUAUUACUAGUUUAAUAUUUGGUUUAAUAUUCUUCAGAUUGCAGCAGAUUGAAAUGAGUGAGUACGAAGCUGAAGUGUACGAGAAAUUUUCAUCACGUGUUCAACGUCAGGUCCAGUCCCUUCGCGUUCUCUUGGAAAGCUUACAAGCCAAAGGACAGGAAAGACAUUGGGUUCGUCACCAGACCUCUGGCGAUCUUGAUGACGCGAAGUUGAUAGAAGGAUUGACAGGAGAGAAGACAAUUUAUAAAAAGAGAGCUGAUCAAGAACCGGAAGUGAGUGAUUUUGAUACUGUAAACACCACUGAUCUCAAGUGUAGACCGCCAUUACUUAUGGACUAAAUGUAUGUGCAUUCCUUUCUAAUAUGCCCGACAUAUUUAAAGGAUUUUAAGCUCCCAUAAUGCGUUAGUAUGGCCAUUACUUGGUCUAGUAGUAGUAGUAGUAUUUAUUAUAUUGGUCUGUUAGUAAUGGCCGACGUCUGGCAUCGUUUUGUAACACAAUGGAUGCGCAAAUAGUGAAUUUAAAUAUAUUUUAGAUCGGUGGUCAGUGAUUUGAUUUGUCACGUAGCUUUGUUCUUUGUUUCGUGAGGACUAGGAUGGAACUAAUGACUUUGAUACAAAAGCAAAUGCUAAAGCUUCCUUUUUCCAGCCAGGAUCAGUGCAGCAACUUCCCAAACAACUUCGUUUGGUAGCUGAUGUCAGCGGUAGUAUGUAUCGUUUUAACGGGUUGGAUGGAAGACUGGAACGAGUGAUGGAAGCUGCGUGUCUUGUCAUGGAGGCAUUUGAUAAAUAUGAACAACGAUUCAAGGUAUAAGAUGUGGCUCAAUUAUCAUAACCAAAUAUAAUUUAAAUGCAGCAAUUUCUUACCCUUAAACUAUUAUUAAAUUCUUGUAAUCCCAAAUCCGUUUCUAAUUUUUAAUUAAUAAUGUAGGAAUUAAAAAUUGAUUAAGGUAUUGGCACUUUGGUUUUCGUUUUGCAUGUGCAUGAACGAUUUGUUAGAUUAAGCCAUUCCUAAUAAACAUGAAUUUCAUGCGAUUAUUAUGCUGUAAAUUCAAAAGCCUUCUAAUUUGUUUGGCGUGUCAAAUAUGGGCGGGAAUGCUUGGAAAAACAUAAUAAUGUUAUUUGGUAAAGUCGAACUAGACGUUCUGCUCAUCUCGUAUCGUACGAGACGAAAUUUCAGUUCGACAACUGCGUACUGCAAUUUCAUAGAAAUGUUCAGAAGCAACAUGUAUUUCAUUUCCACAAUUUAGUUCGAUAUUGUUGGUCAUUCUGGGGAGAAUCCUGAAAUAAUGUUUGUGUCCCAAGAUGCACCACCGGUAAACAACAAACAACGUUUACAAGUAUUAGAGACAAUGCACGCGCAUGCACAGUUCUGUAUGACUGGUGACUAUACUCUCGAGGCAAGCAAGAAAGCGAUAGAAUCUGUGACACAGCGAGAGGCAGAUGAAUAUUUUGUGAUCAUAUUUAGUGACGCAAACCUAAGAAGAUAUGGAAUACCUCCAUCUGCACUGGCUAAAACUUUGACAUCCAAUCCACGAGUAAAUGCUUUCAUUAUCUUCAUUGGAUCAUUGGGCAAUGAAGCUGAAAGGUAAGAAGCACUAAUAGAAUAAUCUGAAUUCAUUCCUUCUGGUCGAGAGCUGUAUAGGCGGACAACGCUAUUUCGGUGACGUAAUAUUUUUCAGCCAAUGACAGCUUUCUCAGAAGCAUCACGAACCAAUGACAUGAUUUGUUUUGUACAAAUCAUACGGGAAACGGAUAAGUCUUUUCGUCGCGUAUUAAUGCCCCAAACUCUUUGUGUUCGUGGUUUGUCGUUGUCUGUUCAUUUCUAGAUAUACAGAGGAUGUCAUAACGUGAUGAGAACUGCAGUGAGCCACUUUUGCAACAUUAUGGCGUCCUCCAUGCAGUAUCUAUGACAGAACAGACAACGACAAAAUGCAUGUGUCUGUUUUAUAUUAUAAAGAAUGUUGCAUGAAAAAGCUUAAUUAAGAUCAUACCGAAAAGUUUUACGAACCGUUGGGUCGCUUUGUUUCGUCUCACUCCCAUGGUACUCGAUAUGGCAUGCACAGGCAUAAAAAUGAUAAAUAUGCCCAACGGCCCAACAUGUGGUCUACAUGAAAAUCUUAAGAACCUAUGACACAUCCAAAGGUGAUCUGUUAGCUUUCAUUGUACAUCAGACCAAAACCAUUGGCCUCGUAGAUAUCCACCACUCUUUUAAUAAUUCUUGCUGUUCCUAAGAUACAUGUUUUUUCUUUGCAUUAGAUAAACAUGCAAGCCCAGGGCUCCAAUGACAAUAGGAAUGAUACAAAUAUUUCGAAAUUUUCCAUCGCAACUGCCGUUUCAAAUCAUCUUGAUAUUUCUCGAUCUUUCCAAUUUCUUUUUUUCAAUAUCAAAUGGACAUGCCACAUCUAAAUAUUAUACAGCAUUUGUUGUACAUUGAUCUGUUUGAGUUGAGAAUCCCACAAAAUCUUUGAGCUUUCAUCCAUUUCUCGCAAUGAUGAAAUGCAUUUCGUUUGCACAACAACCGAUAAAUUAUCAGUGCAACCCUAUCAUGACACCUUGUUUUAGGUGGCCGGACAUUUUGCCGAAGGACAUUUUGCCGAAAGACACUUCGCCGAAUUGGGACAUGUUGAGCAUUGGGCAACUAUAUAACUAACUGUUUCUUCUCGUUCACCACAUAAUCAUGCACAUUGGUGAUACUCAUGUUUGUCAAUCGAUUUAUUUUGAAAAGGAAUGAAGAAUAUUGAAUGCUUUGGAAAUAUUUAAAAUAAAUAAUGAAUAAUUGCGCCAAAAUUAAUUCGUUUCUUACUCAUUAGUUCCAUAAAAUUUAUUCUAGAUUAUCGAAACAACUUCCUGCAGGACGUUCAUUUAUCUGCAUGGACACAAAGAACAUUCCGGAAAUCUUACAACAGAUAUUUUCAACGGCCAUGUUGUCUUCGUAAGUUGAAAUUUGUUGUUGUGACAGUAAAAUAUUUUAAAUUAAUAUCGAGGGAGAAUAGACAUCUUUGAUAACGAUGGAGACUGCUGCACAACCUUGUUCCCAGGCUCUUUCCUCUUGUGAAGCAAAGACCCUGGCUGGGGCUGGUCACGUGGCACGCAGAUUCUGCGUGCUAAAAUAAAAUUGUUAUUAGGGUAGGGUGACAGGGGAGCGCGUUUGGAAAAUGACAACUUGUGUAGUUGUGUAUAUUAUAGUUUGGGAUAAUAAAAUUUAAAUUUGCAACAAGAAAUCCUGAAAGAUUUCGUAUUUAUUAUGACACGACUUCGUCCUUUGUAUUAUUGAGUGUUGGGUUACAUUGGUCAAGCGAGAAGUUGGAUCAGAUUUCAGUGGACACAAGGCUUUUGGCAAAGAAAGCACGCUUCGCUAUAAAAACAGUAAAACACAAUCUAUAAGUGUAAAAAUCUUCUAGAUCGAUCGAGCAAACGAUGUGGUUACGUUGUGACUGUUGUGACCGAUACGCAAACCCAACGGAUUUACCUUACGUAUAGAGAUGUGGAAUUGCUAUAAAAUAACGAGAUCCUAGCUGUCGGCCUGUCAUCUUGCCACUGAACUGUGUGUAAAUUCUAAACAUGCUCUCCCGACUGUUAGAGACCGUUAAAGACUGUAACACUCUCCUCCGCAGAGUCUGAAUUAUAUGGGAUUUGUAGGGAUAGUAGAGGAUAUUUAGUGGUGCGCGACGGGGGGUGAGAUCGAUGGUUGACAAGCUUCCGUCUUCCCAUCAUACCUUGCGUAAUUUGUCCCCCCCCCCCUAAUAUUACGCAAUUUUACUAAAAAUUCGUAAGGCUCUGCGGAGGAGAGUGAGACUGUGAUAUAUGCCGUUUUGGCCAUCGCUGAAACUCCAUGAUCAAGAAUAUAUUAUGUUCAAGUAUAGCUUUCUGUUAUCAAACGUGUAUCAUCCGAUGUAGGCAAAGUCAAAGACUCGUCCGUGCGUGCGGUACAACUUGAAUAUUUAUAUUUAUUUAUAGUAUUGUAUAAUAUGCGUAUAUAACAAUUAUUUCAUAUUUAUUACAGUAAUAUACACCCGCACAUUAUAAAUAUUAUAUAAAGAGCUUUCAUUGCCAUUGGUUUUGUAGCUGGAUCUAUCCAGAAUAUCCUAAAUUUUAGUUCGUAGAGUUACAUGAGAUCCAGCUUGUAUUUUUAAAUAAACGCAUACUGCCCUGCUGUGAGACAUCAAUAUAAUUAUUGUCUUUUUAGAAUUAAAAUGUAGCAUCCAAUUAUGCCUCACUGGAGACAAACAGCCAAUCAAUAGAAAUUUUAAAAUGCUAAUAUACAAACUCAUCAAGUAAUGCUAUCAUAUAUUCAUAUGUCUGUGCGAGGCUUUGUCAGGUGCCGUGUGCGUAUAUGGAGUUUAUGAAUUAUGUACCAGUAUAUAUCCCUGACAAAAUCUGGAGACACUUUAUUCAACAAAUAAUAGAAAGAUACUUCCCUAAACCUUAUCUGCUAUCAUUCCUUUGCAUUCACUGUGCAAUGCAUAAAAGGCGGGGGUAAAUCGCUAUAGUAUAGAAUCAUAUAGAAGAUCUGUAGAUACUGUGUAUAAAUAUUGUACUUCGUGCAAACAAAAAAGGCGUACAGCAAUUGUCUUAUAAUUCUGUAGUGUGAUUUACCAAGUAUUGUACCUUCCUACAGUACCUAUAGUGUUUAAUAUAAAUGAACAAUACUUUUAAUUAAAUAAAAUCAAUAGCAUAUAAACAGGUUAAUAAAUUUUAGAAUCAAUAGCGUAUAAAAGUUAAAUAAUUUUAGAAUCAAUAGAAUGGACAUUCAAUGUCUAUUUGGCUGGUGUCCAAAUGUGCAACGUUUGCCGUCCGAACGUCCUAAACAUGCAGUCGCUCUUGAGACCUGUAUUGAAACAAUUGAAAUUAACAAGUAUAAAAUCUAUGUAAAGUUUAUACCGUUUCCAAAAAACAACAAUUUAGUGACAUAUCAUAAAAUUUUAAAAAUAGGUGAACGAGAUGCCGAGCAGAAACGUGUGAAAUAAAAGUGCGCCCAAGCCCGAGAACAUAAGUACUAUUUCAAGAAUACGAUCAUACGCUUUUAUUGCUUGAUUUCUUGACUUGUCUGUUGCUAUAAAAAUCUGUUUAGCAUAUUGUUAUAAUUUAAAAGCAAAUACAAAUCAAAUUUGGCAAGUAUAUAUGAUUCUCAAAGUUGAUCGGUACAAAUCACUCACUCCUUGCAAUAGAAGUGUAAAGUACGAAAGUGGAAGCAUGUAAUUUGAUACUUUGCCUACUCCCCCUUGAGCGAUCAAAUUUCCGUGUGACACGUGACCAGCCCCAGCCAGGGUCUUUGCUUCACAAGAGGAAAGAGCCUGGGAACGAGGUUGACUGCUGCAUGGCUUCUUUAGAAAUGGCCAAAAUAUUUUCAUGAGGUGAAAGAUGGAAUUUUCCAAGUUCCAUCUUUGAUUGAAUGAAAAUAUUUUUACUCGUAUUGCACGAAUGAAAACAUUAUUUUUUUAUUAUUUGUUUAUGUAACACCAAAAUGCUUUUUGGACUUGUUUGUUGAAUUUUUAUAUUAAUUUUGAACAUUCUACAUGUAACUCAGGUAUAUAUUUGUUUUAUAUUUAAAUUCAUAUCAUUGAUAUCAAUCAUUCAGUAAUUGCAUGUCAGUUGAUCUACAUGUAUAUUUUUUCAUUUUAUUUUUAAUAAAAC